AUGGAAGGCCCAUUGAACGAUGUCAUUAACUUUCUCACUGAUGGGAAAGGGACAUUGAAGAUAAAACAGCGAGAACGGGCAUCUGAAUUUGAGAUAGCUUACUAUGAAGCUCAGGCUCAACAUUAUAGAGGUGAGCCUGGUGUUACUUUUUCUGAAUGCUCCCGUUAUACUCAGUCCUUUGCUGGCAUUGGAGGUGUCCUCAGAAACUCAAAUGGUAAGUGUCUCCUACAUUACCAGACUCCUGUUUUUGCUACUGAUGCUCUGGAAGCUGAGGUACCAUCCACUGGGUUUUCAUUGAGGAGAGACACUUCCCUUCCCUACACCUCGGUCUCUCCAAAACCAUCGCCUUGGAGACCGAGCUCUGGCGAUUCAGUCGCCAUUAGAGUUAGCUGGGAAGACAACGACCAGAUCGCAGCGUACAGAGACCCGAAAACCCUGGAGGAAGGAUGUAAGGUGAAUUCCAGGUUAUAUCCUGCUUUAAAUCCGUUACCAGACAGGAGGGUUUCUAAUACCAAAUCACCGGCGACAAUGGCCACCGCUUUUUCCCUAAUGGAUACUGAUACCCCUUUUUCCGAUUGCUCAGUCACCUUCCUUCUCCCUCGGACCUUCGGCUCUUCGUUUUCCGCUGGAACCGAGACAUUCGAGUCUGAUCAUCUGGAUUAUUUAGAUAGUCUCUUCAACUCCACGGCCCUUAAAAACUCAUCACAGCUUCUGGAACAUGCAAAGAUGAUUAUCGAUAGCAACUGUGCAAGCAUUCCAAACGCGAGCUGUGAAGAUAGAAAUAAUAUCUUAGCUAAGAGAAGUCAUGAGGAUCAAAUAGAAUUGCAAGGCAAAAGGACCCGUCAACGUAGACCUGGUCUUCCUGGUUUUGAGCGGGGGGAUCAUGUCUUCAACUUUUCAGCUAAGGCAACUACUGUUGAGGUAUCGCAGAUGGGGCAAUCAAAUGAUUUUUCCAAGAGAUCUUGUGUUGAAGAUAGUCAAUCUUGGCCAGUUAUAGACUAUAGUUGCCUCGAGCAUAUCUCCGAUCCAGUAGAGUACUUUUCGACUUAUAGAAUGCUUGAAGAUGCGGAAAAAGAAGUAAUGAAACUAAAAGGAGAGGCUUCUCCAAAGCUUGGUCAACAUCAAGGGAGAGGAGAUCGCCGACGUCGUCCCGGAUAUACUGAUCAUGAAGGGAAGAGAUAUGUGUUCAAGUUCCCGGCUAUGUCUGUUGCUGCGGGUAAUUUUCAGAUGGAAAACUCUACCCAGUCCAAUGGUGCAAGUAUUACGGAAUUAACCCUUGCUUCCGGUUCUAAAGAAAUCCGCCAAAUCAAGAAUGUACCAACUAUUGAACCAGAAAGCAGACUUGCUGGAAAUGCAGGCACUUGUGAUUCCAAUGACGAUAAGGAGAUUGAUGAAUUAGAGAGGCUGUUUUCUAAACAUAAGGAAUUAAAUAAUGAUGAUAUAGAAAAAUUUUUAUGGGAGACCCUGCAGAUUAAUCCAGUUAAUGUGGAGAAGUCAAGAGGCCUUCCAUUCCCUGUUGCAAUAGAAAAUAAGUUUGAAAGCCCCCAAAUUGGCCAGAUUUCACCUGUUGCAAACAGAAAUAAAGUUCAUGGGCUGCCAAACUUGAAAGGGCGCUUAUCAUUGAUAAUUCAACAGGUUGAUCCAUUCUUCCCACAUAAAAGUGAUCGAGAUGAGCAGAAUGAUGGUUCUGCGGAACUUGGUUCUAAUAGCAAAUUUUUCUAUGGUGCUGGAUUAGGAAAUUUACCAAGCAGUGAGAGUGGAAUGCAGAAGCUAGAUUUGGAGAAGCCCAAGUCUGAUUGUAAUGAUAUUAGUGUUAAAGGGAUUCCCGAAUUGGAGCAAGAGACCUUGAAGACUAAGCUGCUUGAUUCAGAGAUGACAAAUCCAGUUGAUCAUUUAUCAGCUUUAAAAAACUCCUUUCCAUUGAUUGACAUACAGGGCAGGCUUGCUAAAAUAUCAACCUUGAAAAGGCACAUUUUGCAAAACGCUACUGAAGGUGAACUUCUGAUGCUUUCACGUGAUGAUUUGGAAGAUUUUUCAUUGAGUAAAAACCAGGAAAUGCAUUCUUGUUCACAAGUAGAUGUUAUUCAUCUUAAUGGUGACUCCAUGGUUGCUCAGAAUGCUUGCAUUCCAGGCUUGUCGAAUUUGAAAAGUUUAAAUUUUGAGGAUAAAAUGCACUCGCCAGUAUCUGAAACUUUUAAGAAGGAAGUGCAUAUUGGCAGAAGAAAAAUAACAGAUCCUAUAGGAUGCCAAUUUACUUUGCUUGAGGACACAUGUCAGAGGCCAAAUGGAAAUAUUUCUGAUGAAGCGUUUGUAUCUGUAGUAUCUGGCGCUAGUUUUGAAGAGGCUGCCCAGCCUUCAGCUUUAGUAGAUCGCAGACCAUCAGUGACUACUGAUGCUUCAGACCAAAUAUUACAUGCAGAGGCCCUGAAAGAUGUCAGCCUUCCAGAAAAUUCUGCUUUGAUAGACGAACAAUUAGAAGUGCCGGGUGAAAUUCUGAAUGAAAGAAAGAAGAGUCAGGGACACUCAGAAGCCGCAGGAGGAUCUUCAAGCAGAGAACUGGAAAGAAAGGAACCUGCACGCAGACAAAAGAAGCAAAAGUCAAUUUUGAGAAGAAAAAGCCUUGCAGGUGCAGGCUCUGAUUGGCAAUCUGGAGUGCGGCGGAGCACGAGAAUUAGAAUGAGGCCCUUGCAGCAUUGGUGUGGCGAGAGAUUCUUAUAUGGUCGAAUACAUGACAGCCUAGCAACUGUGAUCGGGGUGAAGAAAUACGAAACUCCACUUCAGAAGGGAGGAAAGGCUAUUAUGAAGGUGAAGUCUUACGUCUCCGAGGACUAUGCAGAUCUGGUGGCUCAAGCUGCGCUAUAUUAAAUGAUACACACCAUGGAUCCAGCUAGAGAUGGUUCUUCUCUUGAGAAUUUUUUUUUGUUAGGUUUAUAUUUUCUAUAUAUAUAUAUAUAUAUGCAAGCGGUAGCUUCAACUGGGUUCCUUUAUUUUCUGUUUUGCGCUUGUAUUUCUGUUUGGUGUGACGCUUGAAAUUAAAAGAUGAACGCAAUGAACAGGCGCCCAGCACUUGGAAUAAAGCUUGUAUGAA